UGUCAUUAGAAGUGUCAGUAAUCAAGAACCGAAGGAAAAGAAAAAUUUGUGCGACGCAGGGACCAUAAAAUCGAAUUUAAACCUCGAAGAUGAGCAAUUUGAUCAAUUUCCUGAAUCCCAGACUCAAGACCUCUGUGAAGAGCAACGCCCCCUGUAAGGAUGGCUUCACGGCAUCUAAUCUCAUUGCCGACGAUGAAGAGCUUCUAAAGCGGGGAUUCAUGUGUAGCUCCGCCUGCAAGCCACCCGUAGAGGUCAUCUUUGACUUUUUCAAGGCCGUGGACAUCAGGGCCAUUAAGCUCUGGCCCUCGAUUGGAACACUGAGCUCCACGGCCUUUGAGUUGCACGUUCGUCAAGAUGGAAAGUGGGUGCGAGUGGCAUUUGUAAAGGACCUGCCACAUGGUCUAGAGUUUGUGACCUUUUGCUACCAGAGCGAUGUAAAUUCGCAGACCACCUGCAACGCCACCGGGCAGCCUUUGAGCAGGAAAGUUUCCUUCCUAAAGGGAGCUCACAAGAUCCUGCCCAGCAUCAGCAGUGUCAAGGUGAUCAUCCGGGCCACCGGAAACUGUCCACCGGUGUUGCGUAAGGUGGAGUUGUGGGGUCUGCCCGCCCGCUUAGUGGACAAGGCCAAAGGCGCAGUCAGUGUUCCCUAUGGCCAGCGUGAUGAUGCCUCUAAGGGAAAAUUGGGGCAACGUUCUUCGCCCAGACCCAUUCCCCAGUUGAAGAAGCACUCAAUGCUGUUCCUGCCCGAGGAAUUCCUCGACUCCAUCACCUGGGAGCUGAUGAUUCAACCCACCGUGCUGCCCUCGGGCAAAGUGGUGGACCAGACCACCAUCGACAAGCAUAAUGCGGCGGAGGCCAAGUGGGGUCGCCAGCCAUCGGAUCCUUUUACGGGUCUCAACUAUAAUAAUGAAAGCAAACCCAUUGUUAACCUGGAACUGAAGACGCGCAUCGAAGCGUUCCUCUUGAAGUACUCGGGAGACUUUGAGUUGCCGCACUCCCGCGGAUCGAAGCGAUUGCAUCGCCGCACUCAUCAGUCGGAUCCGAUCUGUCCGGCUUCCAGUACAUCCAUGGUGCCCACUAAGGUCUACAGGAUGCAGAAGCUGAAGAGGAUGGCCACUGCCAAAGGCACCUCCUUGUCGGCUGCAAGUGGAAAGCAGCCGUCGGCCAAGAAGGCGAAGCUCAGCCACCAGGACACUACCGCCUCAACGUCUUCACCUUCCAUGAACCAGACUUUCAAGCAGGUCCUGCUGAAGACUACGAUCUCUGGCCAGAUGACAGGUAGCUGUAUCAACUGCCGUAGUGCUCAGUUUCGCUACAAGAUUCGCACCUGUCACCAUUUAGUCUGCCAGGAUUGUUUGGUCCACCUAUUAAAGGAGCAGUUGUGCGUCUGCAAGAUCGCCUUCCAGGAUGCCGAUGUGGACAGGCAUCAAAAGCUGUAUCGCUAGGGUUACCUCCUGUUUAUCCCUAUUGUUCAGAUUUUGUAUCAAGAUUUUGGAUUCGAAGUAUGGCGAUGUUGAAGAAGAAACCAGAAACCAAAUGUGUAUAAGAAACUCGUUACUGAAAAUACGGAAGUAUGCAUCAGUAUCAAGUCACUCUUAAAAACAGAGAACUGAUUACGAGAAGAAAAGGGAACGUUCAGAGCCACU